GGUUGCCAUAGCUGCCGAGGUUUCCUUCCCCGCCCACGCACCCCGCCCCGCCCCGCCCCGCGGCCCCUCUGGCCCAAUGGGGAGAAUGGGGCGUGUUCCGGCAGCGGAAGGGGCGUGGGGCUGGCACCGGAAGGGGGUGCUGGAGCCGCCGCAGGGUGUGUGCGGUAGCGAAGCGGCCGCCGCUCUCGGAGUCUCCUGAGCCGCCCGGGACCGAGGUGUGAGCCCUCCGCCAGGAAUAACUAUGGAUAAAAGCGAGCUGGUACAGAAAGCCAAACUGGCCGAACAGGCUGAGCGCUAUGAUGACAUGGCUGCUGCUAUGAAGGCUGUCACUGAGCAAGGACAUGAACUGUCCAAUGAAGAAAGGAAUCUACUCUCUGUUGCCUAUAAGAAUGUGGUUGGUGCCCGUCGCUCUUCCUGGCGUGUAAUUUCCAGCAUUGAACAGAAAACGGAGAGGAAUGAGAAGAAACAGCAGAUGGGAAGAGAGUAUCGUGAGAAAAUUGAGGCUGAAUUGCAGGAUAUCUGCAAUGAUGUUCUGGAACUCUUGGAUAAGUACCUUAUUGUCAAUGCUACACAGCCAGAAAGCAAGGUCUUCUAUUUGAAAAUGAAAGGCGAUUACUUCAGAUAUCUUUCGGAGGUGGCAUCUGGGGACAGCAAACAAACAACGGUAUCAAACUCUCAGCAGGCUUACCAGGAGGCAUUUGAAAUUAGCAAGAAAGAGAUGCAACCUACACACCCCAUUCGGCUUGGUCUGGCUCUCAAUUUCUCUGUCUUUUAUUAUGAGAUAUUAAAUUCCCCUGAAAAAGCCUGUAGUCUGGCAAAGACGGCUUUUGAUGAAGCGAUAGCUGAGCUGGACACACUGAACGAAGAGUCUUACAAAGACAGCACUCUGAUCAUGCAGCUACUAAGGGACAACCUUACUCUAUGGACAUCGGAAAACCAGGGAGAUGAAGGGGAUGCUGGGGAGGGAGAGAACUAAUGGCUGUCACGCUUCACUAUAUGUUCAAUGUCACUCUGUAUCCUACACAUAUAUCCCUUUGUGCGACAAGCAAAAAGAAUAGUACAUCGACUUUCACAACCUCAACGUAGCAAAAACUGUCUGUGGGGUAAAAACAAUUGGUUGGUGUUUUGUGUACUUAAAACGGAGAUUGGUUAUACAGCUGCAUUCUGAACUUAUUAUGAACAUUUGCAGUUAUGAUUACCGUGUUUAUAUUUUUAACUCAACACUGUGAUUAUGGGUUUUGUAAUUGCAGCUGACUUUACAAAACUCUUCCUGGUAGAAACUAGAUAUUAAUUAUGUAACUCUGGAAAGCUUAAUCUGGCACCAAAAUAGUCGAAGUACAAUUCUGUUGUAAAGUUGUACAGAAAGUUAUAAAAAUUAUAUUGUGACACUGGGGCAUGGAAGGAAAACAAUCCAUUGUAUGGCAUUCCAGUUCAGUAACACACUUCAGUGAAUUAGUUUAACAGGCACACUCUAUAGACAUUUUUAACCAAGUUUGGUGCACUGCUUUCAGUCAAAAGCUCACUUUAAGUAAUCUUACUUUUCUGAGAGUUCAGUUUUUUGGGAGUAUAGCAGCCUAGGUUUCCAAAUUACAUUGGCAAGUAAUUGGGGUUUGACUUUGAAAAAUGGUCCAGUGCUCAUACAACAUGCAUGUCUAAAACCCCUUCCCACAACAAUAAAUUACUUAGUUACAACUUGGACUGUUCUUUACUAGUAAGACUUCUUAGUGCAUUACUGUCAACUUGCAACAGGAAAAGACUAAUAUUGUAUGAAUGGCCUUAUUAGUUUUUUGGAUAAUACUGUUAAGAGUAAAAUAAUGCAAAGAUUGCAUUUCACUUAGGAGAAUUAAAAUCUCCUUGGGUAUUCCCACUCUGAACUCUAUCUGGAAAAAUUUCUAAUAUUCCACUCUGCCAUCUUUGAAUUCACUUUAUAGAAAUCUUCCUCCCAUUGAAUUGAUGUUCAUCCUCACCCUCUCACCUGCUUUUAAACUUCAUUAAAAAAUUUCUGGACUCCUACAUAUGUUCCAUUAUUUGUGGAUUAUAAGUGAUAUCAGGGUGAUGGAGAGACAUGAGUGUGCUAUUGGACAGGUCUCUCACUCAGAUGUCUGAGAGUUGCCAGUGCUGCUGUAGUCUUCAGCUCUUAAUGUCUGCCACUUUAAGCCAGAUCCUGGUAUUACCUAAAAUUUUCAAGAUUUCCCAUUAUUUCGUACUGGAAUGCAGACCUUACACAUUUGUAAUGCUUGUUAGGAACUUGUGAUAUUAGAACUCCAAAUGUCCUCAUUUAGUUGUGUUCCCAAACAGGUCCAGUCAGAUAAGACCUCAUAAGAGUUGCAUGAAUAAUGCAAUGGAAAAGAUUAGGAAUAGUCAUCUAUCAGUCUCCCAGUAUCAUCCCUUUACCAUUUCACUUAGCUGUAGAAUCCAUUUGUCUGUCUGUCCAUCUGUCUCCUGGAGAGAGAAUUUCAUGCACUGAUUUUAAAACUCCCCUCUACUAGCUGAACAAAUAGUGCAGUUAAUACUUGGCGCUUGAUAAAUGCAGUAGUGAUGAAUGUGGAACCGAGCCUGUCUGUAUAUCUGGUAGCUCUUUUCGCUUUGUUUUUACUGACCAGUAUUCUGCCUAAAGUUUGCUUCUGUGACGGUUAUAUUGCUAGCACACACGUGGUUGUGAGAAUAGUAUAGCAAAAAAGAAAUACCUGGUUAUUGAUGUACUAGAUUUGUGUAUGUCUUUUAAACGGUUCUAGUUUCACCUUACACAAAAUAAUCAGGAAAGUGUAAAAGAAUUCAAAAGUGAAUAAUAAAAAAAAAUUUAUCAGUU